AUGUCAAAACUAGGGCUCGCUACUGAGGUCCAGAAGCUACCAAUACCAGACCUCAGGUUCCAGCAGACCUUUCAAAACUCACUCAAGAGAGAAGCCGAAAAGAACAAGAAGGUGGGCACACAGGAAGCCAAUGGUGAAGGAGUAAUCAAUGCUGCAGUCGUCUGUAAAGUAGUGCUUCGAGACGUUCUAAUUCUGCCAUUUGUUCAGGGCAUUCUUUGGACCACUGUUUUGAUUGCAUUGAAGCCCUGGCUUCGAUACGUCAAUCUCAAAGGCCAAGCAUGUGGACGUGCUAUCUACAACAUGGUUUUGGGAAAGAACUUGAUACCAAAAAAAUGA